AUGAGAUGUGAGAUUGAGAAAUUUGAUGGGAGAAUGAAUUUUGCACUGUGGCAAGUGCAAGUCAAAGACGUGUUGCGUCAGUCUGGACUGUAUAUGGUUUUGAAGGGUAAACCAGUCAGCAGAAAGAAUUCAGGAAAAGACAAUAGCAGUGGAGACUCAGAAAAAUCCAAGAUUAGCGAUGAAGAAUGGGAGGAGCUGGAUAUCAAAGCGGCAAGUCAAAUUCGCAUGUGUCUAGCAAUUCGCAUGUGUCUAGUAAAAAAUGGUCUUGCUAAUGUGCCGGCAAGUCAAAUUCGCAUGUGUCUAGCAAUUCGCAUGUGUCUAGUAAAAAAUGGUCUUGCUAAUGUGCUUGGAUUGUCCACGACAAAGGAGUUGUGGGAGAAAAUGGAAGAAUUGUACCAGGGAAAAAAUAUAUCCAACAAGUUAUAUUUGAAGGAGCAAUUUCAUACGUUGAAAAUGGUGGAAAGUACAAAGCUGUCAGAUCACCUGAGUGUUCUUAACGGCAUCGUCUCUGAAUUAGAAACUCUUGGAGUGCAAACCGAAGAUGAAGAUAAUGCUCUCCAACUCAUCCUGGCACUUCCUUCGACAUAUGAGCACAUGAAACUUGUUCUGAAAUAUGGUAGUAAGGAAGUAGUGUAUGCGGAUGUGAGCCAACUUUUCAAGCCACUUUCUUUUGCAAACCCUCAACAUGAAGAGCCUUUCACUUUAGCCUUGAUAUCCUUUUUCACUAGCUUUAUUUCCACUUUUGCAGCUGGCACCUCUUUGUUCCCUAUCAUUAGAGAUAACACCAAACUUACAAAAUCUGAUGUGGGUAAUGCGAGUGUUGCUUCAGUUCUGGCAGCAUACUUUCUAGGCUCGUAAUGGUGCUGUUUGUGACUAAUAGGUCCUAGAUAUGGAACUGCAUUUGUUUUAAUGCUGUCUGCUCCUACUGUUUUUUGCAUGUGUCACUUUUGUUUCAAUGCUCAAGAAUCCUAAAUAUUAGGUCUUAUGACGUUUUGCUUGCCUACCUUCGUUUUUUGCCAAUAUUGGACAACGAUAUGUUUUAACGGCAAGAAAAGUCUGUUUAAUGGAUGUGGCAGGUGAUGGGGAGACAUGGGCGGUGGAGUUACCCAAUUAUUAAUGCCUUUUAUUUUCCAUGUUAAAUUAUUAGCUGGUGCUACUCCCUUUACUGCUUGGAGGAUUGCUUUCUUUGUUCCUGGAUGUCUCAAAUGUUUAUUAAUGGGUAUUUUGGUUCUUAUACUUGGCCAGAUUUGCCUGAUGGCUGACUUAUUUGUUAAUUUCCUGUUCACGGUUCUCAGUAUGGAAUCACAAACUAUAGACACGUGGUUUUUUUCCUUGCUAUAUGGUUUUUCAAUGGAACUCCAAUUGACGACAAACAAUAUUAUUUACUGAAUUUUCUACGCACAGAUUAACUUAAAGCUCCACACGCUGGAUUAUCGCAGAAAGUUUUGGGCAUGACUAAUAUCGUUACCUCGCCUUUGGGGUUAUAUCCUCUGAUUAACUGCUAGACGUUUUGGCAUAGAGGAAGGUUAUGGUUCUUUGGAUUUUUCAAACCUAAGGAGCUUCUUCUGCAUCUGGCUCGGCCGUGCCAAUUCACUUCCUUGCAAAUUCCUUGCAAUGAUGCUAUCUUCAAUUGGCAUCCAAGCUGCCUUGUGGAGCUCUUACGGUGUCGUUCCUUUCGUUUCGAGGCGAUCUUUUGGGUAUACUAUCUUGGGUUUAACUGGUGCAGGUGGGAACUUCGGUUCCGGACUGAAUCAGCUCGUGUUCUUUUUCUAGUUCAAGAUUCUCUCAGCUACUGGUAAUACAGCCUUGAUGGGUGUUUUAGCAGCUUUGUUUGUACAGUUGCAGUAAGCGUUCAUACAUUUUCCGCAAUGGGAAGUAUGUUUCCUCCCUGCUUCGAAAGAUAGAAAAUGUUCUGAAGAGUAUUAUUACAUGUCGGAGUGGACGGAGGAAGGAAGAUACAGAAGGGUAUCAUGAAUGGACAGCAUUAAAUUUGCUGAGAAUAAGCCGGUCAGGCGAGGCAUGGACGCACUUGCUCCGGUAGCUACACCACCAAAUGCUACACCUACACAAGUCGCUGAUAUUGCUAGAUAA